AAGAAAAAUCGGGGGCUAACUGCUCUCGUGCUCAGGUUCCCUUAAAUAGGGAAACCCUAGCCAAAACAGCUGGGUCCAGCUGUUCUCAACAAAACACAGGCGAAAGGGGGAAAUCAGAACCCGCCUGCCUUAGAGCUCAAAAAUCGCCUGCAACCAACUCGCCUGCAAGGCUAUGAGGUCGCCUGUCGAGAGCACCGCUUGAGCUCGCCCGUAGAAGCCCCAAAAUCGCCUGCAGCCCUUCGCGAUCUCAAAUCCGCCUGCUCGACUUCAGAACUCGCCUGUAGCGCCUACCUCGAACUCGCCAUCAGCCCGUCGAAUUCCGCCUGCAAGAUCCCAAGUCCAAAACUCGCCUUCGCCCGACGUUGCUCCGCUCGAGCUCGCCAGUUCAAGAUCCACGACCUUGCCUUCUCCAACUCAACUUCGCCGGAGCUCGCCUCGUUCGCCGCUGACAAGGAAGUACUGAAGCUUUAUACAGAACAACUUCCUGACAUGAACUAUGCUGCAAAUACAGGAAAGGAAUCUCAUUUUCUUGAAAAAUGCAUCUCAAAUGGGAAGUAUAGGACAUUGAUCAUGAAAUCAAAUUGCACUGAAGGAAUGGGCAAUGUGAUUGCUGCAGUGUCCUAUCAAAUAAUUCCUGCAGAUACACAAUAUGCUGAAGUUCCACUUGCUGCUGUUAGUUCCAAUUACCAAAACAAGGGUGUUGGUCAUCUCAUGUACAAGGAACUGAAAGAAAGACUUCAAAGUGUGGGUAUUUCGACAAUACUUUGCUGGGCAGACAAGGUGUCAGAAGGUUUUUGGUUUAAACAGGGUUUCAAUUCAGUUGGAGAAAUUAACAGAAAGGGCAAACCUUGCAAACUACCUGUAAAAGCUAAUAUUAGAAGAGCACUAUGCUUUCCCGGUGGUUCCACUCUCAUGAUUGCAUAUCUUAAUAGGAAUAAUAUGGGUUCAGCUAAUUUUUCAGAACAUGCUAAAUUCUCCUUCCCUGCCAAAUCUCAUGCCAAGUCAUAUAACUGUCUUCCUAGUAAAACUCCUAUACACAUGAAAAGUACAGAAGGCGAGUCAGCAGUUUCUUUAAGGAAAGAUGGAUCUUAUCCAGUCUUGCAUCAAGCCGAAUCAAAUAAGGCCGAACAUUUGAUAAAGGAUUGUUUUUCAACAGAUCCCCAAAAAGUCAAUGCCUCCUUCCCAGUCUCUCCUCCAAGCAAAAUCCUCCCAUGCCGUGGAAGCUCAGUUCUUUGUACAAAUGAAAACUGCAACAGAACCGGAGUCAAUCCUGAAACGACAGAUAACAGAUGCAACGCCAAUGAAAAGAAUAGUUCCUGUAGUCAAAGAGGGAAGAGGUGCAUGUGGGAAGCUUCACUAUCAUCAUUAAAAUCAAAGAGAAUCAGAGGUAGUCGUAGUACUGAAGAUCGCCAAGAUAAUCAGGAUUGUGAUUCUGAUCGUGUUAAAGAAACUGACACAGCCUGCAAAGGUUGCUCUAAGGAAAUUUCCAGAUAUCGACCACCAGAAGAAAUUAUUCCUAGCAACCCUGCUGAUAUUAAUCUCUCAGACACAGCCUUCGUUCAAAAAGGAAAUUGCCCUAGAAUCAUGUUCAUGAAUAUUGCUGAUGAUGCUAAGAAAACAUGUCUUACCAAGAUAGUGGAGGAGCUCGGAGGUUUUGUUACAAGUCAUGGAAGUUCUUGUACACAUGUAAUCACAGGGAAAGCAAGAAGAACUUUGAACUUCUGCGUAGCUCUAUCCUCUGGGGCUUGGAUUGUCUCACCCAACUGGCUGAAAGCAAGCUACAAGGAACGCAAGUUUUUAGGUGAAACACCAUUCAUUCUAGAAGAUGAAGAUUAUUUGCUGAAGUAUAAGUUUGAACUAAAAGAUGCAGUAAAUAGAGCGAAACUGAAACCUCACUCAUUGUUCAGAGGGUAUAAUAUAUGCCUUGCUAAGCAUAUCCAGCCAUCUGUGGAUGUUAUUUUAUCAAUCAUCAAAGCAACUGGAGGCAAGGUUAUUCAAAAGCUAGAAGGCAUAAAGGAGCCGGCAAAAACAAUCUUUUUGGCUUGUGAAGAGGACAUGGAAGAUGCUAUGGUAGCUGCAAAGAAAGGCGUAUGGACAUUUAGCAGUGACUGGUUUAUGAACUGCGUUAUGAAGCAGGAACUUGAUAUGGAUGCUCCCCAGUUUGCAGAGUCCCUUUAGCUGCAGAUUUAUGUACAGCGCUAUGUUUC